AUGAAGUGCGGGCAGCGGCGGUUCGUGCGAUGGCGCGGACGGGGCGGGCGGCUGGAGGGGCGGGACCACAAUGAAAGUAGUCCAGGGGUUGUUCUGACGGAGCCACUUCAGCCUCUCGACGGCUCCUCCGGCCCUCGGAAGGGAGACCGUGAAAGGUUUCCAGCCUCUGUUCGGGAGCCGCGAUCGCCGAAGAUAACGGAAGGGCUUGAGCGCCAUUCCUCUCGGGAGCGAGGCCGAGAUGUCUCAGGUUUCUUGGACCAUAAACCGUUCAUGAUUUUAAGAUAUUCGAGGAGAAGCUGUGACUCUUCAGAGGUAAAAUCCGUGAACUGUUUGGUGGAAAUGGAGGCGGUACAGAUAGAACAAGCAUUGGUUGAUUCUUGGGAACCUCCUUCCUUCUCAAGGAUUACCCGAGUGCUGCAAAUCAUUGCCAGGAGUGGAGGAUGGACCAAACACUGGCAUGAAAUAUUGAUGCAAGGAAGCACCGUUGAAGCCGUUGUUUCCCGUUCAAACUUAGGGGGAGGUCUGAGAGGGGGCUGUUAUUAUCUUGACCGAGAACUUGCCAUUACUGUUUACAGCGGAAGUACAGACUGGUCUUUGGUCCAGAGAAAGCUCUCUAUCUUCCACACACGCUCUCCUGAUAACAAACUCCAUGGUGUGGCGACGAAGCAAGGCAUGCAGGAGACGGAAAAAGAGCUUCUAGACAGGAUGCCGCAUGCUCCAGCAAGUGCCCUGAAAGCCAUGCUGUUUAAACUGUGGGCGGAAAGGGUUGGCAGAGAAGACCUAAAGUUCCAUGAUCGACUUGAUAAUCGGAUGUCCUUCAGGCUUUGCUCAAGGCACUUCGAGGAGCGAAUGUACAUGAGUCCUAACAAGAACUCGAGGCUGAUUUGGUGUGCUGAACCAACACUUGUUUCAGAGAUGAACAAGGAGCCAACAGCAGUCACAUCAAAGAAUGAUAAAAGUGUAAAUACUGACAACCAAUCUGCAAAGGGUUUGCAGAGACAAGAAAGCAGCAUAGAUUUAUCAGCACAAGAUUCUUCAACUUCAACUGUGCUAAACCAGCGACUUCCCAGUGCUAAGAGCAGGAAGAGUAUUGACUGGUCUCUGAUUCUAGAUAAUGAUAUUAUUGUUAAAGAAGAAAUAAUGACUGAUCAGGAUGACCCUGAAGAAGGUUCAAGUGAUCCAAACACUUUAGAGCUGAAGAAGAAUUUGAAACAGGAAACAAAAGAAGGAAUCAGAAUGCAAGUCGAAAUUGAUAGACUGGCUGCUGAACAUGGUAGUGGUGAAGUCAAGAGACAAACAGAUCCCUGUUUGCAGACAAAGAAAAAGAAUGGUAAGCGAAAGAGGAAGGAGGAAGCUAGCGCACAAAAUCGAUCGGAAUUUUCUGGAGGAGCAAGUGAUUGUGAUGACUACAGUCUGUUUAUGAGUCCUGCUGGAACUUCCUCUUCAUGCGAAUCGGCUGAUGAAGAGGAUAGAGUCAUCAAAGAGAUUAAGACACAAGAAAGAACCAAUAUCCUUGUAAGAAAGACUUCAUCCUUAAAAGCUGAAUCAAAUGUUGCUUCUUCAGCAUCCUUUGCCUCCACUUUUGUUCCUACAUCAUGCCCUGAGCAGCAGGACACAAGUACAGUGUUUCGAACAAAAGCAUAUUCUGAUAACAAUCUUACUGCUCCUAGUAUAUUGAUUAAUUUGCCACAGAUCAAGAAAGAGGUAAAAACAAGCCAAAUGUCAGCAGAAAUUUCUGGUGUUAAUGAGCAACCUGAAGGUCCAUUUAGAAUACAGAUAGACAGUCAAAUGCAAGAAGGAGCAUCUUUAGAAGAAACAGGUGUGGUUAAACUUCAGGAUUCAUUACCUGUGCUGUCCAAAGUAAAGAAGGAACCAGUGAGUAUGACAGACAUCAUAAAUACUGAGAAUGAUUUGGGUGAGGAGCCUAGAGCUUCAGUCAGCUUCACCACUUCAGAGCAGUCAGAAGCAACCAAGUCAAAGGUAUCCAAAGAUUCUCAGUCAGAAAGAAUCCCCCCAGCAUCACUCAAUUCACAGCCUUCUAAUAGGGAAUCACCCAUAAACCCAUCAUUUAGCUCAUCUUCUCUGACAGAAGUAACUUACUCAGAACAAUCUAAUGAUAUCAAAUUGCCUUGUAAAGUUCCUAGUAGGGUAUACUCAAAGACCUGUGUCACAAGAGCAAGUACAAUAACUGAAGCCAAGCAAGAGAGUAAAUCAUCUGCCGUAGAAUCUGCUUCGAGGCUAAAUUGCUCAUCAUUCAGUGAUAAAAGCAACACCGAGGUGAAUCAAAUGAUGAUUUUAAGUGAAGAAGAUAAUCUCAUGGAAACAGAGGAACAAGAGACUUCAGGUUGCAGCAAGGAUUGCAAGUGUAAUGACUGUGACUCCAAACAAAAAAUAUUACUCAAUAGACCAGGCAGUACUGUUCGGAGGACGUAUUCAGGACCAAUCCGUAGACAGGUGGUCAGGACCAAAGAUGGUGGCAAAAGAACUUUUAUGAUCUUGAAUAAAAAUUCACUGAAGACUCUCCAGGCAAAAGGGGUUAUCCAACAGUUGAAGCAAAAUACAGUAGCCAGUAAGUCACAAAAUACCAGCAAACAGGUAUCUGCCAAAACAUUAUUACCAUCUAUGCAAGAAGACAUCGAGAAGAUACAGUAUAAAGCAGUCAUACCAAGCCUAAUUUCAGCCACUGACUUGGACAGUCGAGCAGUAGCCAAGAAGACUAAGGAAUUAGAUCACUCGAGCAGUCUUGCAACUAUUGACUUACCAGCUCCCCCAGCCUCAGAUGGGCCAGAAGCAGGGGAAACUCCAGUUGUUGUCACUUGGUCUACUACUAAUGUAACAGAUACUCCCUCUAUCACCUUCACAAUUCAAUUACCAGCCAAAGUCAAUGAAGGUUUGUCUCCCCAAAAGUCUGCCUUGGGCUCAGGUCUCCGGCAGAUUGUUACACCUCCAGUUUUCAUCCAGACUUCAUCGACAAAUCAAACCAUGACAUCUGGCAGUAUGAACCACCAGCUUUCAUUGACAAAUCAACUAAAACACGUGUCACAUACAUAUGGAAAGAAAAGUACCAUGGCAAGCAUGACACCAAGUGCAGCUGGCUUAACAUACACUUCUGUAGCGACAUCGAACCCGAGUGUCUCUUUCUCACAGUUAACUCCGACUUGCACCUCGACUCUAAAGCCUGAAUCAAAGUGGAAUGCCAGCCAACCACCCCUAGAGGACAUGGAAGCUUCCUGUGAUUCCCCCCCACCAGGACCAUCAAGCCCUGUGGAAUUCUCAGAGGAAGGAUCUGCCCAAUCCAAGGGGGAUGCAGUAGGACUCUCUGAGGAAGUAUUGAGUGGGCCUUGUAAGAUCAGAAAGGGACUAAAGAUUUUUAAGUAUAAUGUAAAAGGAAAUGAAAGUGCUCAGACCUCCAUGAAGAAUGUCCGAUGGAUUGCUUUACCCACCAUGCCUGUUAGUACUAGUGCCUCUGGUAAAUCGCCCAUGCCUGCCAACGUCCGGAAGCAAAAUAUUUCUCCUGUCCAUGCCAAUUCAGUCAGCCUACAAGUGCCUACGCAUUCUACUCCAGUAAUUCCCGUCGCAAAAGAUACCUUUAAAGAUUCUUCCAAGAGUUACGAAACAACGAAAAAGGGCCUGAAGGAAAGGUACAAGCGGCUACUCAAUAAGCAUCGGCAGAGGUACUACCUUCUGCUCAAGAUACAGAAUUUAGAAAGAAACCAUGUGGUUGAGGACGCGGGUAGUAGGGAGCAGGUGGUGAGAGACGCUCGCAAGUACCUGUCUGAUGAACACCUUCUCUUCAUGGAAAGCCAGAUGUUCUUAAGAAACAGAACGGGGAAGGGAAACCGGUUUUCGAAGAAGUUCAUAAGGCUCAUGAUAAAACUGUACGAGAGAAGCGCAGCGGGAUAUCGAUAUUUGAGGAGCAUCUUCACCAUCCCCUCCGUCAAGGCGGGAUNUGCUAUUCACUCAUGUGUAAAACAGUGUUCUGAAUUAACUGGAACAGCAAGAACAUUUGUCCAGAACAGAACAGUGUGA